AGUUUUGUUUACAAAUAUGUAAAAGAAAGAAUUAUUGGUUUCAAUCUAAUUAUGAAAAAUGUCAUUAAUAAGCGAUUUGUGUCGUCUUUGCUUAAUAAACUGCUCUUCUCUAGGAAUUCCAGUUUAUUCUAAUGUCAUCAGAAGGGAUAAAAUACGAGACUGCUUAUCAAUUAUCAUUGAAGAUGAUCCCAGAUUCCCAUUGAUUAUCUGUAAUGAAUGUGAUGUUAAGCUUAAUUGUUUUAAUCAGUUUCGAAUUGAUUCCAUAAGAGCUCAACACGAAUUUGCCAAUAUUGUAAAGUCACUUCAUGGAAUUGUUCAUUAUGAUCAAAAUAAUCAAAGUGGAUAUUAUACUCCUGAACUGGAGCCAAUAAAAUCAAUAGAAAACAUGUAUAAUAAUCCUGAUGGCCUCUAUACUACAUCUUCAGCACCACCCACAAUUGUACAGAAUUCUCAAGAUUAUGACAUUCAAUUUCGAUAUGAUUUGCAUUUGGCUCUUGAUGAUGAGAAUACAGAAAGUCACGUUGAAUCUCAUUCUUUAGGCAACAUUCCGCCUAAUGAAAAUAUGUUUGAAAUUGUACAACAACCUCACAUAAGUCCCUUAUCACCAGCAACACCAAGUAUGGUUCAACAAACCUCAUCACAAGGAAUUAAAAUUGAAAGUUCAUGUCCUGAACAAAUAAUUGAGUUGUCAAGCAAAUCACCAGCAGUCAACACUGACAACUGUUAUAUUGAGAACCUUGGAGUGGAACAGCAGAGCAAUGUGGGAUUUGACAUUGAUACAAAUCAUGAUGACGAUAGCUUCACUUACGAUGACUUCGAUGACACUUGUCAAUCCAUGCCAAGCGACAGAAAUAACGUCGAUAAUGUCAUUGAUAGAAAAAUUGAAGAAUUCAUUCAAAAUAAGACAGUCAAUCGAGUGAAUCCAAAGAUCUGCACAGUUUGCAAUAAACUCUUCAGAACGAAUUACAAAUUACGAAUGCACAUGGAAACUCACUCUGAAAAUAAUGCAAAAUAUGUUUGUGAAGUACAAAGUUGUUGUCGAUCAUUUAAAUCAAAAAUUGGACUUCAAGAACAUUCAGCAGUUCAUACUGGAAUUUACAAUUUUACUUGUGAAGUGUGUUCAAAGAAAUUUGUCAUUAGAAGUUAUUUUAAAGCACAUCAGCGAGUUCAUUUCAAAGAAAAACAGAAAAGCUUUCCUUGUUCUCAUUGUCCGAAAAUUCUCAACAGUAAACAGAAUCUCAUUGACCAUGAGAAUCAUCACUUAGGGCUGAAAUUAUACAAAUGUGAGAUAUGCUUGAAGUCAAUCUCUACGAAGACUCAUCUCGAUGUUCACAUGAAAAGUCACAACUCAUGUGAAAGUUUUCUUUGCACAACAUGUAACAAACAUUUCAAGACCAAAAAUUACUUGAAAAUUCAUCUGAAGACUCAUGAUGAAAGCCUCAAGAAUUAUUGCUGUGGAUUCUGUGGAAAAAAGUUCAUUCAAAUGUCGGAUUUAAAGAUUCAUAUUAAAACCCACACGGGAGAACGAAGUUUUAUUUGCGAGACAUGCGGGAGAGCUUUCGCAAGAAAAGAUUCACUCAGUCUCCACACAAAGACACACACACAAGAAAAACAAUUUUCUUGUCAUUGUGGCCUCAAAUUCAUCAGAAAACAUCCCCUGACUAACCAUAUCAAAAAAUGUGAUCAAUUGUAUCGAAUUAGUAAUGAAACUAUGGACUUGUAAAGUAUUUAAUCAAUUAGUGGCUUUGGAUUUGUUAUCUGAUUCUGUCAUUGAUGAUAAUUUGUAAUAGAUAAAAGUCUCGAUUGUCAUGAUGAAUUUAUUUUUAUUUUAUCACUUUAAUUGUUUAAAAAUACAAUCGCUAACCUUAUGAACAACUGUUGUGUUAUAUUUUGAAGUGCUUGCUAUUUUUGUUCUCUCAAUGAUGUUUCCAAGUGUGAUAACUAAGUGCCAUCAUAAAUAAAUUUGAAGUAGAUUUUUAAAGGGGAAAAUGUUUG